UGGCGAAGUGAAUCUUUGUAUACAUGUUCAUAGGCUCAAGAACUAUAUUGCCUAUACACACGUGUCGAGGUCUUGAGUUGAGAUCGUUACAAGAUAUUUGAGUUCGUCUUACGUCAGGGGGGCAUGGAGACAGUAAGAAACAUAUUGAAGCCCAAAGUAGAGCCCCAGAAACAAUUGAGAGAGUGGCACAGAGAGUGUCUUCACGUUGAUCGUCAAAUUCGAGAUAUUGAGAGAGAAGAGAAAAACGUGCAGAAAGCGAUUAAAGAGGCUGCUAAGAGGAAUGAUAUGUCUUCAGCUAAAUCGCUUGCGAAGGAGCUAAUCAGAUCUAGACGAACCGUGAACCGUCUGCAUGAAAACAAGGCUCAGUUGAAUUCAAUAUCAAUGCACCUUGGAGAAAGUGUUGCUAUUGCUCGUACAGUUGGGCACUUGUCAAAGAGUGCUGAAGUGAUGAAAAUUGUCAAUAACCUCAUGAAGGCUCCUCAAUUGGCUGUAACAAUGCAAGAAUUUAGCAAAGAAAUGACAAUGGCUGGUGUAAUAGAAGAGAUGGUGAAUGACUCUGUUGAUUCUGCAAUAGAUUCAGAGGACAUUGAAGAGGAGACGGAAGAAGAAGUUGAGAAGGUCCUGACAGCAAUAGCUGGUGAAACUGCUGCACAGCUUCCACAAGCAGUCAGAAGAGAAAGAUUGAAGCAACCUGCCCAGUCUGUUGAAGAUGCAGAGGAAGAAGGUGCUGCUGAUGAAGAACUAGAAGAAAUAAGGGCUCGUCUUGCCAAAGUAAGGUCAUAAUUGAGCCUUCUGAUCUCUUGUUGGUACGAGGAAUGGAAGUUCAGCUGAUAAGUAAGAUUUUUGCAGGGUAUAAUUCGAUAGUUCAACAAUAAAAGAUCAAUCUUAUGUCAUUCUUGUGUUAUUCGAAAUUUUAUAUCAUAUAUUAAUUUAAGUAUACAAAAUUUCUAGCUGAAACAGUUGUUCCUCAAAAAUAAUGCAUGGAUGAUUAACUAGAAGGGUCAUCUUGUAUAUAAAAGGAAAUUAAUUGGCGGUUAUAUACAUUGACAUUUUUGUAAAAUUAAUUUCUUAGAAGAAACAAUCAUCUUCUUGGGAUUUUUUUUA